AUGGCGCUCAAUUCAUUGUCACCUUCCAAUGAGCCGAAGAUUGUGAUUGUGGUGGCGAAUCAACCAACACAAACCCACAUGGCGAAUUCCUUCUUCUCCUCCCUCUCUCCACUCUCAAACAACACAAAAGCUCUCGUUUCACAAGCCGCUGCGAACGGCCCGUCUGCAUCACUUCCACAAAACGUGCCCGCUGAAGUCGCCCGGGGUUAUGCAGCCCAGUUUGCCGCUCUUAACAAGAAGAUGGUAUCCACGGAUGCCGCUAUGAUGGAGAUAACCUGGGUGGAUGGAAGCGUAGAAUCCAUCCUACAGCACCCCUUCUCACGCGGACAGGUUAUAGCGCCAUCGUCGAGUGCAUUCGAUUACCCCAUCGCCGACCCCGGUGUCUACCGAAACAACAUCGACAGAGCAAUUAUGCAUGAGAGCGUCUCUUUUACCCGAAAGAUCAUGGCUACAGCGAGCAUGGGCGGACUCAAGCCAACUGAAGCCGUUCCCGGUGCAUCUGCCGAUGUCGACGCUUGGAUCCGCAGUACCACAAUAUGCAUCUACCACCCCGCGGGCACAGCCAAGAUUGGACCCAGGGAGGACGGCGGCGUUAUUGAUGAGAAUCUCAAGGUCUAUGGUGUUCAGGGCUUGAGGGUUGUGGACGCAAGCGUCAUGCCUAUGGUGCCGGCUGCCCACAUCAUGGCUACCGUCUAUGCUGUAGCUGAAAGGGCUGCUGAUAUAAUCAAGGGCGGCAAGUAG